ACCAAAACCAAAACCAAACUUCUCUCUUGUUAUAAUAUAUAUAAAAAAAACUCGACCUUUGUACAAACCAUUUUUCAUAUCUGUAUCAAUCUCUUUGUUUCUGCCAUUUUGAGUAAAAGAGUUUAAAUCACACUAAAAUGUGUGGUGGUGCAAUUCUUUAUGAUAUUAUUCCUCGUGACCGCCGUUUGUCAUCCACCGACUUAUGGCCAAGUUCUGCUGAUUUCUGGCAAACUUCUUCUUUUUCCAAGCCAAUUUCCACCCAAAAUGUUCCUCCCAAGCCUAAACGAGCUCAACUCUCUAGAGGUAGUGAGCAGAUGAAGAAGAGGCAAAGGAAGAAUCUUUACAGGGGAAUCCGACAACGUCCAUGGGGUAAAUGGGCUGCUGAAAUUCGUGACCCGAGAAAAGGGGUUAGGGUCUGGUUAGGUACUUUCAACACUGCUGAAGAAGCUGCAAGAGCUUAUGAUAGAGAAGCUCGUAAAAUCAGGGGAAAGAAAGCUAAAGUUAAUUUCCCCAAUGAAGACGACGACCACUACUACAGUCAUCCAGAGCCGCCUUGUGAAUCUUAUGAUACUACUAGUACUUACAAUCAAGAAUCAAAUAACUGUUACCCCUUCUACUCAAUCGAAAAUACUGAACCUGUUAUGGAAUUCGCAAUUGCUAACAAAAAUUCAUCUGGGUCUGCUUAUAAUGGAAUUGAAGAUCAGAAUGUGGAAGGAGAAGAGCAGACGGUGAAAAAUUCAAAUAACAGGAUCGUAGAGGAAGAGGAAAAAACAGAGGAUGAAGUGCAGAUACUUUCUGAUGAACUGAUGGCUUAUGAGUCAUUGAUGAAGUUCUAUGAAAUACCGUAUGUUGACGGGCAAUCAGUGGCGGCGACGGUGAAUCCAGCGGCGGAGACCGCCGUGGGCGGUGGCUCGAUGGAGCUUUGGAGUUUUGAUGAUGUUAGUCGUCUACAACCAAGUUAUAAUAGUUUGAUUAUUGUUUUGUUUAAAUUGUUGCAUCUUUUUUUGUCGAAUUAGGAGAAUUGAGUUUUUGUAAUUUUUAAUCAAUUGUGUGAAACUAUGUUUUUAGUUCAUUACUCUAUU